ACUCCCAGCUAGGCCCCGCCUCUCACGUCUCUCGGCUUGCAAAAGGGAAACAACCAAGAUGGCUGACGGGCCCGAGCUCGUCGCCCCCAGCCCUUCCCCUGGCGGCCGGUUGAAGGGCUUGCUGUGUAGCUGCAGGGGCUACGCUUGGGCUCUGCUCCCACUGGCCUCGCUGGCCCUCCUUUACCACCUCCGAGCGCCGCUCCGGCUAUACGAGACUGCCGUAACCGUGACUGGCUUCAUCAGCACAUUGACUCCGAAGUUCUAUGUUGCACUCACUGGCACAUCGUCACUCAUAUCUGGACUAAUACUGGUGUUUGAAUGGUGCUACUUCAAGAAGUACGGCACGUCUUUCAUUGAGCAGGUAUCUGUAAACCAUUUGCGUCCGUUGGUGGGUGCAAAUGAACCUGGAAUGUCUUCAGGGAGUUUCUUUCCAAGCACCGAAGACAAUGACACCAGCAGGCAGAGCUUGUCAGAGUGCAAGGUGUGGAGAAACCCUUUAAAUCUGUUCAGAGGAGCCGAAUACAACAGGUACACGUGGGUUACUGGGAGAGAUCCUCUAACAUACUAUGAUAUGAAUCUGUCAGCACAAGAUCACCAGACAUUUUUUACAUGUGACACAGACAUGUUGCGACCGCCUGAUGCUGUUAUGCAAAAAGCAUGGAGAGAGAGGAGUCCUCAAGAAAGAGUAAAAGCUGCUUACCAAGCCCUGGAAGAAUAUAAUGACUGUGCAACAGCAUAUAUUCUUUUGGCUGAAGAAGAGGCAACUACAAUAUCAGAGGCCGAAAGACUGUUCCAGCAGGCAUUGCGAGCUGGAGAAUCUGCCUAUAAAAGGUCUCAACAGCAACAGCACAUGAGUAUACAGCAUGAAGCUCAGCACAGGAGAGACACCAAUGUAUUGGUUUAUACAAAGAGGAGAUUGGCAAUGUGUGCACGCAAAUUAGGAAGAAUACGGGAAGCAGUUAAAAUAAUGAGAGAUUUAAUGAAAGAGUUUCCUCUUCUUAGCAUGGUGAAUAUCCACGAAAACUUGCUGGAAGCUUUACUGGAAUUACAGGCGUACGCGGAUGUUCAGGCAGUCCUCGCAAAAUAUGAUGAUAUCAGUCUACCCAAAUCAGCAACAAUAUGUUACACAGCUGCAUUGUUAAAAGCCAGAGCAGUUUCCGAAAGAUUCUCCCCAGAAACUGCCUUUAGGAGAGGGCUCACUACAGCAGAAAUGAAUGCGGUAGAAGCUAUACAUCGCGCUGUGGAAUUUAAUCCUCAUGUUCCAAAGUAUUUACUAGAAAUGAAAAGUUUGAUCAUGCCUCCGGAGCACAUCCUGAAGCGCGGCGACAGCGAAGCUCUAGCGUACGCUUUUUUCCACCUCCAGCAUUGGAAACGAGUGGAAGGCGCACUGAAUUUACUACACUGUACAUGGGAAGGCACAUUUCGGAUACUUCCAUACCCCUUAGAAAGAGGUCAUCUGUUUUAUCCUUACCCUGGCUGCACAGAAAGUGCGGACAGAGUGCUAUUGCCAGCUUUUCAUGAAGUUUCUGUGUACCCAAAGAAGGACCUACCAUUCUUUAUUCACUUCACAGCUGGCCUGUGUUCAUUUACGGCAAUGUUGGCACUUCUGACACAUCAGUUUCCAGAGCUCAUGGGGGUUUUUGUCAAAGCUUUUUUCGUAACGCUGCUCGCUCCCUUCACGUUCAUGUUAGAAAAGAUUGAGAGCAUCAUGCCGUCCAGUUUCUGGCAUCAACUGACUCGAUUGUAACAACAACACCAGCAGCACAUAAAUGCAUUGUUGUGCAGUUAGAAAAUGAAAUGAGGUUCUGGAGUAAAGGUUUGACUGUUUGGAUGAAAAUGUGUUUUCUCAGGUGUAGCAGUGGCCAAAAGGCAGAUUUCCGACCAAGUGAAUAUGAAAAUAUUUCUUCACAAUCUAAAACAAAUAUCUAUCAAUAUGAGAAUGGACCCUGAAUGUAUUUUCUAUUACCUACACAGGGUAAUGCACACAAAGUAAGAAUAGUCGGGAAUUCAAAAUUAACCAAGUUAUUUUCUAUAGUGAAAAUUCAGAGUGAAUUUCAAAUUUAAAUUUGCCCAUUUAAGAGUGGCCAAAAUGGAAGGUAACCUGAUUUAAAGAUUUGUUUCCAGUUUGGCUGUUUUGACCUUAAUUUUGAAAUUCACUUUGAAUUCUUAUUUUAGUAAAUAACCCUAUAAGUGUAAAUUUCUAAUUUGAGCUAAAUUGUUCCUCUUCAACUUUUGUGGCCUAAAAUGUAAAAUUCACUUUCAGAUUCAACCAUUCACGUUUAAGAUAAUAGACCGGUCAACAGGAAAUUGUCACUUCUCAGGAUUUUUAAUAUUAUAAAGGCUUUUUACUAAAGUUAGAAUUCAAGGUGAAUUUCAAAUUUAAGGUCAAAAUAGCCAAACUGGAAAUAUUCCCUAAAUCAAAUUUGCUUUCAGUUUAGCUGCUCUGGCCUUAAACUUAAAAUGUAGUUUGAUUUCUCCUUUUAGAAAAUAACCCUGCAUGUUUACUUAAUCCUGUAUUCAACAAAUCUAUAUUUGUGAUGUAAAAUAAAGCUACAUGUAGAUAUCCACAAAUCCUUAUCCUGCAUUUGGCUCCCCUGUCAAUCAUUGUUGUAAACUUUGCUCCUGGAAGUCAUGAUGCAUAAUGAGAAGGAGGAUUGAAACAGUGUUUCUACUUCUCCAUAGGAUUUGCCUUACCUGAACUAGAUUAACGACAUCGUUUAAUAUAUUUAUUUAAAAGAAAAUGGAGCAUCCUAUGAGAAAAGGUUAUAGAUUAUUUUCAAUGAAGUGACAGUUUCCCCUUUAAUAUUCUGUUAUGUUAUUAUAAAUCCCAAUUUACUGCCUCACUUCUGAAAUGAAAAAGUUCUAGCAGACAUGACUGCACACACUUCACAAAUACUUUUUGUUAAAAAAAAAUAAAUAAACUGUUCUCUGCUUAAGAUUAUGAUAUCCCUUUCUUCUGUCUUGGCACCAGACACUGAGUGUAUAUAAAACACACUGCUUAUUCAAUAAAAUGGAAAAUUUCAUAAAAAUAAGUCAAUUGGCACGUGUUGGAAACUUAAAAUAUUGCUGCAGAGAAAGACCAUUGCGUUACUAAAUGUCAAGUUGGGUAUUGACAUUGUGUGAAAACAAUGUGAUGGAAGCAAAUCGUUUACACAUAUAUUAUGACCUUUGAACUGUCACUAUUCUUUCCAAUAGUGGAUCAACAGUCAGACAAGUGAUUCUUCAGUAGUCAGAGGCUCAUUGUUUCCUGGAAUAUACCCAGUUGCCAGCCAUAAAUACCAGAGGGAUGUGAAUAGAUGUGGCAGGUAAAAAAACAAAGUAAUAAUUAAACAGAUUCACCCCUAAAAGACUGCAGUGCUCUUACUGUUAACACUUUCUAAACCUCAAUAGGCCAACAAUACAUGUUUGUGUGAGAUUUUGAAUGUUUCCAUUGACUUCUCUAGAGAGGUGUUUUGUUUUUCUAGAGAUACAUUUGUCACUUACUACUGAACUUUGUUAAACGUGUAUAUUCAUUUAACAUGUUUUGUAAUGAAAUGGAAAAUAAAUUACUAUCUUUCGGUUA